AUGGGCGCAGAUGAGAAAAUACUUGAGCGCUCCCCUAUUUUAUACAUGCAGGAUAAAAAUGCCCUAUACAGCAGGCUGAUACAGAGCAAGUACACCACAGCACAAGUGGACAAGCUAUUCGGGGAACUGCACAAAUACGGGCUGCUGUACUUUUUUGGGCUGUCUGUUGGGAGCGAACUUUCGCGCGCAUACAGCAGCUGCAAAGAAGAGAGCUACACGGAAAAGUGUUUUGCAAGCUACCACCUGAGAAACAGAAAUAGCAUGUAUGCAGAAGAGCCCGGGAGUGGAUUUGACGAGCUGUUCUUGCACGGGUACUGCAAGUACCUCCGCGGAGAGUAUGCGCGCUCUAGGGACUGCAUGGAGACGCUGCUGCGGCAGAGCAUGUCCGGGGGAUCUGUUCAUUUCGGGUGCAGGCUGCACAUUCUUUCGAUUGCCUCGGCCUCUGCGUACAGAAUGGGCGGAUACUACGAUGCUGUUUGGCUGGCACGUGCGGGAAUGGCCCUUGCGGAGGCAGUUGGGUUUGAGGAGGGCUCUCUGUACUUUGAGCGCAUGCUGAGGAUAAUAGAGGGCAUGAAAAACGGGGAGGCGUGCGAGGAAGAGUUUGCAGGGACGCUGAUAUCUCGGGACGUAAACAGCCUUCUGCGCAUACCGACCACGAUGGAGGACAAGAUAGAGCGGUGCCUCCGGUAUGGAAGCGAAGUGUCUUUGCUUCGGGACGUGAAAAUAUACGACACCCGCGAGGGGUGGGAAAUGAGCAGCACCAUUGAAGAGUACAUCAACCGGAUUAAGGGCAUUGGCGACAAGUGCCAGGAUGUUUCUCCCGUAGUCGUGUACUCGAUCGACGGAUGUCUUGCAUUUGGCCUGAUAUACUUUCGGGAAAAGGCUAAGAUGUCUGUUAUAAAGUCGAAGAUUCUGGUGAAGCAGAUCCUGCACCGCCUGGGGAAGAUCCAGGCGCAGAACCAGGAGGUGCUACGAAGAGAGUGCGCGACCGCAGAGGAAAAGCAGGAGUGGUGGAAAGCAAGGAUCUCCCUGGACGCUGAAAUAAAGAAAGAGGUCUUGCUGAUCGACGGGUAUCUACAGAAAUACAUAAUGAAGGGGCACAAAAUAAAGCCGAAAGUGGCCCUUGUGAUAGAAGACAUUCUGGGGUGCAUCCCCUUUGAGAUGUGCAACACAUUCACGGGUGCAGGGGUUUUCAGAUGCUCUUCGCUCUGCCACAUACUUUCAGGCGUGGGAGCGUCAGAAAGCAGCGGGCCGGUAGAAGACAGCGAGAUCUUCUACAUUCUAAACCCGGAGAAAAACCUGGCGCAGACGGAGGAGAGAAUUGCAAAGUACUUGGAGGAAAACAUGCCCGGCGCGUCUGGGAUCAGAAACCGCCCUCCCUUGCCCAUGGAGGCUGAGCAGGCAAUGGCCUCGCACCGCGUGUUUAUGUACUUUGGGCACGGCGGAGGCGAGAAGUUCUUCACGCCCAGAAAGCUCAGGAAGCUGUCGAAGGGGAUGGAGAAGACGCGGUGCAAAAGCAUUUUUCUGUUUGGGUGCUCAAGCGCAAAAAUAUCUGCAUUCCCCAUGUACAAUACACACAGCACAUGCAUAUCGUAUAUGCACAUCCCCAUCGUGAAAAACGUGAUUGGCGCCCUGUGGGAUGUAACGGAUAAAGACCUUGAUCUGGUAAGCGUAGGAGUAAUGGACGCGGUCAAGAACCAAAAAGAGCUGCUUUCUGUUGCGCUUAACAGGCUAAAAAGGCAGUGCAAGCUGAAGUAUCUGAACGGCGCUGCCCUUGUAAUAUACGGGAUAGACGAAUAA